GGAUGUUUCAGUACGGCACAAUUUAUCGUUGCACACGGCCUGAGAUCCGCCUGGUUUCUUCGCGAUAAAAACUGUUUUACUGGUGAAAGAUGCCUAAGAAGAAGACCGGAGCUCGUAAGAAGGCUGAAAGUCGUAAGGAGCGAGAGAAACAGAGUCGAGCAAACAGAGAAAAUGUCGAUGUGGCCAAACAGCCGUGUAAUGCAACCAUGGAAUGUGAUAAAUGUCAAAGGCGCCAGAAGAACAGGGCAUUCUGUUAUUUCUGUUCAUCAGUGCAGAAACUUCCCAUGUGUGCACAGUGUGGCAAAACUAAAUGCAUGAAGUCUUCAGACUGUGUCAUAAAACAUCCUGGCAUUCACAGUACUGGAAUGGGCAUGGUGGGCGCCAUAUGUGAUUUCUGUGAAGCCUGGGUGUGCCAUGGGAGGAAAUGCUUGAGUACUCAUGCCUGCUUGUGCCCCCUCUCUGAUGCAGACUGCAUUGAAUGCGACCGCAAUGUUUGGGAACAUGGUGGUCGCAUUUUCCGCUGCUCUUUUUGCCACAAUUUCCUGUGCGAGGAUGAUCAGUUUGAACACCAGGCGAGCUGUCAAGUCUUGGACGCGGAGACUUAUAAAUGUUUAUCUUGUAAUCGACUUGGGCAGCAUUCUUGCCUUCGAUGCAAGGCAUGUUUCUGUGAUGACCAUGCUCGAAGCAAAGUUUUUAAGCAGGAGAAAGGCAAAGCUCCUCCAUGCCCAAAAUGUGGACAUGAAACUCAGGAGACCAAAGAUCUCAGCAUGUCCACUCGAACGCAUAAAUUUGGUCGUCAGAGUGGUGCAGAUGAAGACGGAUAUGGUGCAUCUGGAUACAGCAGUUACUGGAAAAAUGAAGAAUACGGAGGAGACCAAGCGGAGGAGGAUUUUGAAGAUGAUGAUGACUUUGAUGAAGAGGAAGAAGACGAUGAUGAUGAGGAGGAGGAAGACGAUCCUGAGGUCGAGGAUUCGCUUUCAAAUCUGAACUUGGGAGCAAGUUGUGAAAAAGCCCAAUAAAAUUUUAGAUGAUAUUCAGCACAUAUAUAUAUAUAGAACCAGAUUUAAGUGUGCUGUCUUAAAGAGAGGUUUUCAGCCCAAUGAAACUCUUGAAUGUAGAUAGCAUUGGUAUUGGUAUCGAUGUGUGCGAAAUAAAAAUUCCAUUUCUGA